AUGGCGCCUUCGAACACUAUUGAUAAAUUGGAAGCAUCAGAAUUGGACAAUUCAACACGACAAAUGAUGUUAUUACGUCUUCCACCAGAAAUAUUAGGAAAAAUAUUUCUUUUAACAACACUUCAAACACGUACAAAAAUAAUCGCAAGCGUUUGCAAAUCACUAAAUUAUUUCAUAUUUAAUCAUGAUAUUUUAUGGUCAAAACUAAAUUUAAACACACUCGCAAAUAUCUCUGAUGAAACAAUUCCACCUAUGUUUUAUACCCACUUACCCGAUGAAACAAAGAUUUAUAUCAGAGAACUGUAUUUAAAUGAUGUAAAGAUUACAACUAAAGGUCUUAAGGUUGUAUUAAAUGCUUGUCCAAAUUUGAAAUCCUUACAUUUAAGAACUUGUAAGGAUCAUUUGGAAAUGAGCUCUGUUAAAAACGUAAUCGAAGAAAUGUUUGGCCCAGAAGAAGUAUUAGACGAAGAAAUAUCAGACUUUCAAUUGAUAAUUGAGGCUACUAGGUAUCCUAUAACUGAUACUGAUGACACUACGAGUGCAGAGAUUCCCACUACGAAUGCAGAGAUUCCCACUCCAAAACUUCGACCUUCUCAUCCAUUGCAACUGCAAACUAUUUAUUGGUAUUGUGAUCAUGAUCUUUGGAUUUGGUGGAAACCAAAUGAUAAAAAUGAUCUCGAAACUUUAUUACAAAAGUUAACUAAUAAUCCAAAAGCAUCGAUUCAAGUUCCAUGGUGCGAUUUUUGUAAUAAACAGAAGGCUAGUUCCCAAGUCACUUGUUACGGAAAAUCUCAUGGAAAUGGUGAUAAUUAUUGGUACUUUUACGGAUGUUUUGAAUGUACUGAGUAUUGUGAUCUUCAGGCGUUCAAAUGUAAUGAUUGCAAUUGGGAGACUAAUUCUGAUGGUGAAACAUUUUUGGAACUUAAUGAACAACAACGACAACAAAAUGACAUUAUAGUACAAAUUCAAAUAGUAGCUGCCGGGGAUGCAAACGCUCCUGCAAAUGUGGCUGUAAAUGAUACAACCGAUGAUGGGAAUGGAAAUGAUGGUGAUGAAACGGCUGUCAUAAAUGCCCAGAUAAACAGUGGGGAUGACGUAUUGAUACCAGCAGAUGCUAAUGAUGAUGGAAACGCAUCGACACGUACUGAGGGUGACGAUGAUGAGAACGUGCUAAUACAUACUGAAGAGGACGAUGGAGAUAACCAAUCUGUAUCUACAACAGAUCGUGAUGAAAUACACGAAGGGAAUGAUGGUGACAUCUUGCUUGAAGGUUCUGUUGACGAUAUAGAUUGA